CAAAGAGAUAGCCAGGGCAUUGUGGGCGUUCAAACCGACACUGACACCAUUACUUUCACCAUAACAAACCUGUCUCUAUCAGCUCUGAUCACCUUUAGCCCGUCACAGAACGCAAAUGACGAGCCGCACUUUCGUGGCGUCACCUGUCGCCAGCGAAGAGAAUGAGUCCGACUACGAUUCCGAUUUAGAGACUGCGCAAAAGGGAUCUAGGAAACGAAGACGUGUUUCACUCAAUGCUGAGGAUACUACCGAUCAGGAGGGCAUGGCCUCGGCAGGUCCAGCCAAAGAAUUACAUCCCUCAACCACGGCAUCUCGCAUCCAGCCCAAGAAGCACGCCGCUAUCUCAAAGCCAUCAGAUGGAACGCUGACCGAGACGUCCAUCGCCCACAACACUAAGGGCGACUUCGCCAGUCUGAAUGUUGACCCAUGGCUCGUCUCUUCACUGGCCAACAUGGCUAUACGAAGACCGACUGGAAUCCAGCGAGGAUGUAUCCCCGAGAUCCUCAAGGGAAGAGACUGUAUCGGGGGAAGCAGAACAGGUUCCGGAAAAACAGUAGCAUUCGCAGUGCCCAUCCUCCAGCAAUGGGCACGCGACCCAAUCGGCAUAUUUGCCGUUGUCCUGACGCCAACAAGAGAACUCGCCCUCCAGAUCUUCGAGCAAUUCAAAGCCAUCUCCGCACCGCAGUCCCUAAAACCCAUCCUCAUCACCGGCGGCUCCGACAUGCCCAAGCAGGCCCUCGAGCUCGCAGCACGCCCACACGUCGUCAUCGCCACCCCCGGCCGUCUCGCAGACCACAUCACCACCUCCGGCGAAGACACCAUCUGCGGCCUCCGCCGCGUCCGCAUCGUCGUCCUCGACGAAGCAGACCGCCUCCUCGCCUCCGGCCCCGGCAGCAUGCUCCCCGACGUCGAAACCUGCCUCGCCGUCCUGCCCCCCAGCACCGCCCGCCAAACCUGCCUCUUCACCGCAACCGUCACCCCCGAAGUCCGCGCCCUAAAAAACAUCCCCCGCCCCUCAUCCCGCCCCCCCCUCUUCAUCUGCGAACUCGACUCCGACCCCUCCUCUUCCUCCUCCUCCGCCCUCGCCAUCCCCGACUCCCUCACCCAAACAUACCUCAAAGUCCCCACCACCCACCGCGAAGCCCACCUCCACAUCCUCCUCUCCACCCCCGCAAACACCCCCAAACCAACAAUCAUCUUCGUCAACCGCACCGCAACCGCAACUCUACUAGAACACACCCUCCGCCUCCUCGCCCACCGCGUCACAGCCCUGCACUCCGCCCUCCCGCAACCCACCCGCACCGCCAACCUCGCACGCUUCCGCGCCCGCGCAGCGCGCAUCCUCGUCGCCACCGACGUCGCUGCCCGCGGCCUCGAUAUCCCAGACGUCGCGCUCGUCAUCAACUAUGAUGUUCCGCGCGACCCAGUGGAUUAUAUUCAUCGGGUUGGGCGCACGGCGCGUGCGGGGAGGGAGGGGUUGUGUGUUACGUUUGUGGGGCAGCGGGAUGUGGAGCUUGUGUUGGCGAUUGAGGAGAGGGUGGGCAGGGAGAUGGAGGAGUUUGUGGAGGAGGGGGUGAGUGUUGAGGGGAGGGUGGUGAGGGAGGGGUUGAAGGUUGUGGGGGAGAUGAAGAGGGAGGCUGUGCUGCGGAUUGGGGAGGGGAGGGAUGUGCGAGGGAAGAGGAGGAGGGGG